UGAUCCGAAUCAACCUGAACGAAGGAACGUGUGGUUUUGGAACCGGACUGAACGUCUCUUUCUGUGUUGCUCCGUUGUAUGAAAUGACGAAGGGUACGUCAAGUUUUGGAAAACGCCGGAACAAGACACACACAUUGUGUAGACGAUGUGGUCGUAGUUCGUAUCAUAUUCAGAAGUCACAAUGUGCUCAGUGUGGAUAUCCACAGAAAAAAAUGCGAUCAUAUAAUUGGUCUAUAAAAGCUAAGAGGAGGAAAACUACCGGCACAGGUCGUAUGCGCUACUUGAAGAUUGUUCGUAGAAAAUUCAAUUCUCCGUAUUGUUUCAGAAAUGGAUUCAGAGAAGGUUUGCCAAAACCUAAAUCAGUUCAAGCUAAGUAAUCUAACAUCUUGUCAUUCUGUUAUGUAUCUAUAUACGAUUUUGACUACGAAUAAAACAGUUUGAAAAAUACCAAAA